AUGGACAGCGGGGCCACCGGGCCCUGUGGCACUGAGGACACCGCAGUGACCCUGGACAGCAACUCUGGGGAGGAGUCCGGAGAUGGCCGCUCCAGCUAUAAGUCCAGCAACCUGCUGAGCCACUGGGAAACGCACAGCAGGGCCAAGCCCUACAUCUGUGAGCUCUGCGGCAAAGCCUACUCACACCAGGGCACACUGCAGCAGCACCACCUGCACAUGGGCAAGCGGCCCUAUGAGUGCCCCUUCUGUGCCAAAACCUACACCUGGUCCUCAGACUACCGCAAGCACAUCCACACCCACAUGGGCGAGAGGCCCUACGGCUGCGCUGACUGUGGGAAGGCCUUUGCCCGCUCCUCCGAACUCCACAAGCACCAGCACAACAUGCACCGCAACAACAAGCCUUUCCCCUGCCCCGACUGUGGGCGCACCUUCAACAAGCCCUUCUCCCUGCUCCGCCAUCAGUGGGCACACUUAGGGGCCGUGCUGUUCCCCUGCCCCGACUGCAGGAAGGCCUUCGCCGUGGCCAGCCGGAUGGUGGAGCACCAGCGGGUCCACACCGGCGAGCAGCCCUUCGCCAGCGCCGUAUGCGGCAAGGCCUUCGCCAAGUCAUCCAACCUCUUCAAGUACCAGAUGCUGCACACGGGUGAGCAGCCCUACGAGUGCCCCGAAUGCAGCAUGGCCUUCGUCCAGUCCUCCUGCCUCACCCACCACCGCUGCACCCACACUGGCGAGCCACCCUUCGCCUGCCCCCACUGCACCCACGCUUUCACCCGUGCGGCCACCCUCAAGUGGCACCAGCAGCUCCACGGCAGCUCCCUGCACCGGUCAUUUCAGAUUGUGUUGAACAGCAUGGUCCCCUCAGAACAGCACUGA